AUGCUCUACUCGUACAAUUUCGAGCGUGUCUACAGCGGCAAGAAAUGGCAUCUGACCGGGUCAGACUCGCAUCCGGGGCAAAUGCCGAACACUGAUCAAGUUGAGACGUUGCGGAGACUGAAUUAUACACAAGAAGUAUUGGACAAAGCUCUGCGCACCGAGAAGCAGCUCAAGUGGACGCUGUUUAGCGAAUGGUAUGAUGAAUAUGUACUUGAUUUUUUCGUCGCACCUACUGAAAUUGUGACCAGGUGGAAGUAUGUGAGCUCGCAAGAAAAGCUGUAUGACCCGGAUGGGGUAGGAAAAGCUUCACAGGACAAUCUGACAGACAUCAUCACGCGGCUGAACAAACUUCGAGGGCCUACAGAUGCCAAAUAUCCCGACACCGUUUGCAUCAACUCUCUACAGGCGGAGGUCAAUACGCUCAAGACCCAAAUUCCGACUAAGACAAAAGGCCAAGAGGCAUCGGCGGAGCCCUUCUACUCAAGGAAGGAUCCAACUCUACUCCUCGGCGGUGUUGCGGCUGGUUGGCGGGAGACUAUUUAA